AUGAACGCGGCCGGCUUCCCCUGCCUGCGAGGCAUGUGCACGCUGCCGGCGCCCAGCCCUGCGGCCGCGGCCAGCCCCGGCUCCCCCGGGCCGCCGCGGGGGUCUCCGCAGGCGCCGCCGGUGAAGCCGGAGCCGAGGGGCGCUGGGAGCAGCCCGGCCCCGCCGCCGCCGCCCGAGGAGCCGCCGCCCCCCGCCGGGGGCCGCCGGAGGAAGCGGCCGGUGCAGCGGGGCAAGCCCCCGUACUCCUACAUCGCCCUCAUCGCCAUGGCCAUCGCCAACGCCGCCGAGAGGAAGCUCACCUUGGGGGGCAUCUACAAGUUCAUCACCGAGCGUUUCCCCUUCUACCGGGAGAACCCAAAGAAGUGGCAGAACAGCAUCCGCCACAACCUCACCCUCAACGACUGCUUCGUCAAGAUCCCCCGGGAGCCCGGACAUCCCGGCAAGGGCAACUACUGGACUCUGGAUCCGGCCGCAGAGGACAUGUUCGACAACGGGAGUUUCCUGCGCCGGAGGAAGCGCUUCAAGCGCACCGACAUCACCACCUACCCCGGCUACAUGCAGAACUCCAGCGCCUUCACGCCCCCGCCCGCCGGCCGCCCCACGGCACCCACAGCGCCCUACCCCAAUGCCCUCUGCUCGCCCGGCUACGGCCCCCAGCUCUCCAGCAGCGUCUUCCACCCCUACGCGGCCGGGGCAGCACCGCCGGCUCAGCAUCCCAGGAUGUUCAGCAUCGACAGCCUCAUCAGCGGGCAGCAGGCCCUGCAGCCCUCGCCGCCCUCCGAGCUGGGCCACCCAUCGCUGGGCUUGCCCGGAGCCGAGCUGGCUCCUGCCUGCUCUGCCGGCAGCUCCGAGCCCCCCUGCUUCCAGGCGCAGCCUGUCAGCCCCGGCUUGCUGGGCCGGGCCGGCCCCAACUCCCUGGCGUACCCCUACGCCGCCUCACCCCCGCACCUGCCCGUGGCUCAGGGCAGCUACUCGCCCAGCAGCCCGCAGCUCUACGGGGCUCCCAACAGACUGGCCCUGCCGGCCAUGCGGCCCCCGGCCUGCGCCGAGCACGGCGAGCAGCUCCUGGGGCUCUCCGCCUCGCCCCUCGGCCAGUUCGGCUCCAGCAACACGUACAUGAGGCAGCCCAACUUCCCCGCCGGCCUGGAGCGCUACAUGUGA